AUGGCGUUUUGUAUCAUUUCUGAGAGCAGGGGCAUGUCUCUGUGGGAUAUGCUAGCGUGGCACCGCCCAAAAGUUACGGGUGUACUUCUUGGAACCGUACUUUCCGUCCUGACGUUUUUUUGCCUUAUGAAAUACACAAUGGUGACGUUCCUCUGCCGCAUCCUGCAGUUGGUCCUAUUGGCCGGCGUUCUGUUGGGCUUCACGAAUCGAUGGCACCUCACCUCCGACGACAUCCACGAGGCUGUCAACCGCCUUGUGGACUGCGCCACGCCCCGGCUGGUGACGGCCCUUGAGUCCAUGCACCAACUCGUGACGUGGCGUGACUACCGCCGCUCCGGGCUCGUCACGCUGGUGAGCUUCGUGGUUGCUCUUCUCGGCAACCUCGUCUCCGACGCCGCCCUUCUCACGUUUUUUCUUUUGUUGGCCUUCACCGUUCCUGCGGUGUACGAGAAGAAGAAGGAUUUGAUCGACAAUUGGAUCAGCGCUGCCACGGCUCAGGUGGAGAAAUACAUGGGGAAGAUCAAAACAAAGGUGGAAGAGGCGACCAAGAAGAAAGAGUAA